UGCUGAUAGAGUCUGGAUACACACACUUGAUUGCAGACCUUGGUCUCCACAGGAAUCUUCCCUGCUGGUCAGCAAUGUAUCGGUUGGUGAGGGCCAGGAAGAGGGCUUGUCUGCAGCCCUGGGUUAUUGGCCUCAUCAGCUUUAUUUCCUUAAUUGUCCUGGCAGUGUGCAUUGGACUCAUCGUUCAUUAUGCAAGAUACAAUCAAAAGAAGACCUACAAUUACUACAGCACAUUGUCAUUUACAAGUAACAAAGUAUAUGAUGAGUUUGGAAAAGAGGCUUCUGAAAAUUUCACAGAAAUGAGCCAGAAAAUUGAAUCAAUGGUAAAAAAUGCAUUUCAUAAAUCUUCAUUGAGGGGAAAAUUUGUCAAGUCUCACAUUAUCAAGUUCAGUCAAGAGGAACGUGGAGUGUUGGCUCAUAUGCUGCUGAUUUUUAGAUUUCCUUCUACUGAGGACCCUGAAACCAUCAAUAAAAAAAUACAACAUGUUUUACAUGAAAAGCUGCAAGAUGCUGUAGGACCCCCUAAAUUAGACCCUGAUUCAGUUGAAAUUAAAAAAAUCAACAAGACAGAAACAGACAACUUCCUGAACAACUGCUGUGGGACACGAAGGAACAAAACCUCAGGACAGAGUCUCAGGAUUGUUGGUGGAACAGAGGUACAAGAGGGUGAAUGGCCUUGGCAAGCUAGUCUGCAAUGGGAUGGGAUCCAUCGCUGUGGAGCAACUUUAAUUAAUGACACAUGGCUUGUGAGUGCUGCCCACUGCUUUAGAACGUAUAACGACCCAGCCAGGUGGACUGCUUCUUUUGGAGUCACAAUACAUCCUCCAAAAAUGAAACAAGCCCUCCGGAGGAUAAUUGUGCAUGAAAAAUACAAAUAUCCAUCACAUGACUAUGAUAUUUCAGUCUUAGAGCUUUCCAGGCCUGUUUCCUACACAAAUGCAGUACACAAAAUUUGUCUCCCCGAUGCAUCCCAUGAGUUCCGCCCUGGUGAUGAGAUGUUUGUGACAGGAUUUGGAGCACUGCAAAAUGAUGGUAGCAGUCAAAAUCAUCUUCGGCAAGUACAGGUGGAUCUCAUAGACACUAAAAGCUGCAAUGCUCCCCAAGCUUACAAUAAUGCCAUAACUCCUACAAUGUUAUGUGCUGGCUCCUUGAAAGGAAAUAGAGAUGCGUGCCAGGGCGACUCUGGAGGACCUCUGGUUAGUCCAGAUGCUAGAGAUAUCUGGUACCUUGCUGGAAUCGUGAGCUGGGGAGAUGAAUGUGGGCAACCCAAUAAGCCUGGUGUUUAUACUAAAGUGACUGCCUUCCGGGACUGGAUCACUUCCAAAACUGGUGUCUAAGAGAACAGCCUAGCAGAAUGGAACACACUUUUGUGUGCAGGUCAUUCUUAGAGGUACAGAAUUGCCGAAGUCAUCAUGCAGGUCACCUAGAUCUGACCAAUCAAACUAAACCGUCUGCUAUUUCCUUCCGAGCUCUUCUCCACACACCAUCUUGCUUCUACCAGAUGGAUUCUGUCUCAACUUGCAGUCACUUGUUUUCUAGAAGUUUUCUGUCAUCAAAUUUUGACUUGUUGACAUAAAUCUCUCUCAUGUGUGUAUGCAGUUUGAAGUGAUCCCUUCCUUCAUUUCACUGGCUUUUCUCAACUCAGUAAAUUUCCACUUUCAAGGUGCAGGACAAAGAGCAAAAUGAAAUAUGAAAAGAAAAAAACGACAUUUUUUUACAUACAGAAAAGCAUUAGGUGUUUUUUCUUAAUGCGAUGAAAAAAAUGAUCAUAAUCAUUAUGAAAGGUCAGGUAAAGAGACAGCAGAAAACCAAAUACUUCAUGACGGUGAAAGAAUGGGAACUAAGUUAAGGAAAUAAAGAGAAACCAAGAUAUAAUUUAUUUGCACUUCCAGCAAACUGACAGAGAUAAAUGUGGGGAAGAUUCUAGUUUCUUGUCGCCUAUAAUAAUUAUACAAGCUCUAUGUAAUGUAUUUGUUUUAAGUUAAGGCAAAUAGUAUUUAUUUAACACGGCACUACUGAGAAUGUCAACAUACCAUAAUAAAAAAUAAAUAUCAUCAAUUUUCUUGACAUUUUGAUAAUCCACAAAGAAGGGGAAGAUGGGGAAAAUGUUACUCGUCAAUUUACUGCGAAUUCCUUUCAAAUCUGAGGCUAGAGUGAAAAUUUACCUAAGAACAAGCAGCGUAUAUUAUGUGGUAAGAUUUUUGUGUGGUUGGGUGGGAGGAAACAAAAAUAGAAUCUGUAUGAACUGCUGAAUGAAAUGGUAUUAUCACCAAGAGCUUGUGUGUUUGUAUUUAAAGUUUUUUCACAUUGCAUAGCUGUGAAGGGAAAUAAGAUCCAGGUGUGAGUGUGUAUAGUUGUAUAAAUGCAGGUAAAGGUCAGACCUCUAUUUUGAGAUGACUGCUGAUUCUGGCCUUACCACUCCACCUCCUUGCCCUCAUUUCCAGUCUGUUCUUACACCAUGUGUCUCUUAGACUCCUCUGGGCUCAGAUGGGAGGAUAUUAUGGGGAAUUUAUCCUGGAAGAUGCCUCCCUGCUACAUCUAGCAUGACCCUGAAUUGCUCACUGCCUGGAUAGAAAAUUGAUAGAAAAAGCCUAAUAUCAAUCACCUUCCUGAUUUCAGCUUUGAUAAAUUACUAUUGAGUUGUUAGAUAUACAACAUUCAAGUGAUAUAGGCACUAUGAAGUUAGGAUUGGUUUCAUGUUAGUGGUGAGAUUUCACGGAAUCUUUGCAUUACCCUGUCCUCAUUGUGUAUAACUACUCAUAUGAGUUCUGUAUUGUACCAUAACCACUUUGAAAGAAACAUUAGUAGAAAAAAAAUCCACCUAAAUAGCAUUGGCAUAUGAACUGAUACAAUUUAGGCACUAGGCUAAAAUAUGAUAUGAAAUCUGACAUGACUUUACUGUUAAAUAUUUUGUAGACAUAUAUUUAAUUUAAUGAAUUCUUUUGAAAAAAAUGAGGAAAACAAUGAAUUUUAAAGAAAGACUUAAGUACAGU